UCAUUCCCUAUAGCGUUAAAAAGGGGGUUUAUUUUUAACAAGGAGCUACUCUAAGCUUAACCUAAUAGCCACAUCGCCCCUACUCGUUAUACGUAGUGCUUGGGCGUGUAUGUUGCGUUAGAAAUGAGCAGGUAGGUAGGUAGGUAGGUAGGUAUGGGCCUGAUGUAGACUGGAGGCAGCAAUAAUCUCACAUCCGAGAAGGGGCGAAUAGGGGCUAUUGCUCUAGCCAAACUUUCCAUCCACCAUGAUCAACCUUACCUGCUACUAGAAGUGAUACGGAACCCGUUCAAGCUAUACAUACCUCUCACCUACUCUCUUCUCGUUUCUCACUGUCAUCCAUCCAUCCAUCCAUUCUGCAUGCUUAGUAUGUUGCUAUUCGAAUCUUAAGCAAGCAAGCACCCAAGAUACCAUCCAUUUCAUCAAUUAUAGCACUUUGGGAGCUUAGCAUACAUACAUACAGACAUACAUAGCUUCUUCUGCUAUCACUCAGUAGACACUCACUUAUCAUUCAUCCAUACAUCUCAGCCCCCCACCACCAUAUUUCCAGAGUCCGGUAGUUGUCAGCUAAGCAUAUCUGCCCACCAUGCUUAGCUUUCGCAAGAAGCUAGACAAACGGCCCAUUCCUCGGCCGGUGCCGAACUACUUCGACCUGGAGCCCAUGAUGGACCUGAGCGAGUACCCGAACGUGAGGGGCGUGAGUGAGGAGACGAGAAGGAUCCACGCCUCCCUGCGUGAGCGGGUAAUGCAGAGUCUCAACCGGACCAGGCCCCCCCCCCUCCCCAAGAGACCGUCUAUCCAACCACAACAGCAACAGAAGUGCUCCUCUCGGGAAAGCAGCCACGAGGAAGCACAGCAACACACCAUCCGCAAAAGCAUCAGCUCCCUCUCGUCAUCCUUGAAGAGCCGCAUUGCCAACAGUGCCUCUGGCGCCUCAGCCGACGGCAGCGACGCACACAGCACGCACCCGUCCGUGAUCCGGAAGGGCGUCAGCUCCAUGGCGUCGUCGCUCAGGGGCCUGCGCAGCUCCAGGAAGUUUCGGGACAAGUCCACAUCGACGCAGUACAGCGGCAGCUUUCCGGAGCCCGUGAGACACGUGGGGGAUUUCUCAGCUCACGACGAAAGAUCUAGCAGCUUGGGCCGGGCGUCGGACGUAGCCGUGAAGCUGGAUCCGACGCCUCCUCGCCUGCCUAGGCUGGAGGAGAUAAUUGCCAAUGCUGAGGCUGAGGGCAGUUCUACUCAAGGCCAGUCGCCAAAGUCAAAUUUCAGCAUGAGUAUGUUUGAGAGCCUCGAUGGGCCAUUUGCUAUAAACUGGGAAGACAAGCCCAACAGCGAAGACGAUAAUCCGUCAACUCAAAAAUACAAUACUAUAAGUGGACGUAUUCCAAUACGUCCCAAAGAGCCUAGGGUGCUCUUUGCUCCUCCAUUCGAUAGAAGCCCCGUAGACCCCAAAGCCAAUUCAUUGAAUGCAUGGAAUGCAGCCUCUGAAUUUGUAUGGAGCAUGACUACAGAGGCCGGUUCAGAUGCCUGCUCGCGCGCUGCGAGUUUCACGAGUGACACACAUUGCCCGGAGAAGCCCGCGUUCCGCCGGCGCCAAAACACACCGGCGACUUCGAGACUCCCUACACAAUGGCUUGACUCCGUCUUGGAGUCGUCGAUUUCCGUGCGAGAUAACAUAUGCCCUGCGCAACGAAGAGUCUUUGCUUCGGAGGCGGAGGCGGAAAGACUUCAGAAACUGGACAAGCGGGUGCGCGUGCUGGUGCCAGACGAGAACGAUAACAGCAAGCCGUGGCCCAAGACGAGCUACCCGGACUUGCAGAUAGCCCUUACCGAUCUAUACGCCCGGUUCAAGCCAUACUAUGCCCCGUUCGCGGCGUACACUGGUGUGAACCGUACCGUCCAGCUCUUCCCGCCAGACUUUGUGCUGCCGGAGGGCGCUCGGUUCUCGGACACCAUCAUCUUCAACAUCGAGGAGGUGCUGCGCAACUGGAACACAUCCGAGCCUCCGCAGUGCCCAGAUAUCAGCGCGGGAAACUCCAUGCUGACGGAGAGAACAUUCACGCCUACGACAACUGCGGCAUCGGUGGAGGGGCUGCGGCCGUAUUCAUCGCCUCAUCACGAGUAGGAUUUGAGCAGCGUGAAGCUGGACGAGGACUUUGCGGUUUGCAUGCUGAAGCCUGAACCUGGGAACGAGGUAGGGACAGGGAUAGAGACAGAGAGGCAGCCGUUGAGGAGCAUUGAUGUGUCUCUGAUUAAUUCGGAGAUGUGCAGGUCGCGGGAUACGUUGUUGUCUGGCGAUGAUGAUGAUGAUGAUAUGGCUAUCGCGUCACGGAUGGGGUUUAUCCCUUGAGUGAUGGA